AAUUGAAACAUGAGCAGUCGGCCUCCAUAUAAAGUUUAUGUACUUCUUGGACUUCCCUUCAAGUUCAAAGGAUUGCCAAAUAUCACAGUACAUGCAUAGAAUAUAUAAGUGUAGGAUUCUUAGUCAGACCUUUCAUGGAUAUGGUGCUUCGAUUACGAAAGUGGAUUUGCGAUUAGCCUACAGCGUUUGAAGGAUGAAGGCGUUGGGUAUUACGUUGGUCACGGUCUUGUUGGCGGUGGUACGUGAAGGUACCGCUGCGUCUCCGUGUGCCCCUAUCACCGACCACUUCUACACUAAGACAGCGAACGAAAGCGUUGAACUCAUCUGCGAAGUGACUCAACAACCUGCCGACAUAAUUAAGUGGAUCGACCCGAAUGGCAAAGUAGUAUCUUCAAACUGCGUGGCUUCAAAUUCAAGAUAUUCUGUCACGUGCGAGCCCGCCAACGCCCCCACCAAAUACAAGCUGGCGUUCACGGCGAGGUGGAGUGACAGAGGGACGUACACCUGCAAGUGUGAAUCGUCUGGGUUUAGUAUGUCCACUCGACUGACCGUCAAAGUUCCUCCCCCCACAUUGAGUGCAUCCUGCACAGUGAAGGCGACAGGGGAAGUAUGCAUCGACACCAGUCGUAAAGGUUCAGAUGUUUUACAGUUUAAGGCAGCGGUCGGCUGCUCCUACCCAUCAGCUACGAUAACGUGGACAGACGAAUUGGGCAUCCCAAUCUCCACUUCAAAAUAUGGCGGUGUGUUCAAAAAUGAAUCGUGCACGGGUGCUCUAGCCGGACAGAGGUCUGGCACCAACACAUUUGAGGGCACAUGGGCCGACCUUGGGAAGCCUUCCAAGGUCAACGUGGCAGCAGCUAAUGAAGUAGGAGGAUUGUAUUUCGAUCUGCCCAUACAUAAGCCGCCAGAAAAAGAAGACACGGCCGGGGUGGUGAUAGGUGCCAUUCUUGGAGUUCUUCUCUUCCUAAUUAUCAUUGGACUCAUUAUCUUCCUUGUAGUCAGAGCUAAGAAGAAAAAGCAGAGAAUGGCAUACGUGUAAAGCCACGCUAAAACACUUGCAGACGUAGCCUACACAUCGCUCAACCCGUCUUAUAUCAUUACCGCCUUUUACAGAGAGAUAUAUUUCAAAAUACAGCUCGACAAUUUCGUUUUUUGGGAAUAACAUUGCGUUGACUGGCGAACUGCCGCUGAUAUGUCCACCGUUCGACCUUCAGGUUGGCCAAUGGCCUAUUCAUGAUAUAAUAGGUCAACAAAAAUUUUAAAAAAACUUUUAGUUCAUGCUCUUUUAGUCCAGCUCAUUUUGUAAAUUGCUUGUAGUUGCAGAAUAUUAAAAUAGACCAAUGAACAAAAUAAAAAGAA